CAUUUCACACUGAGACAACUGGAAGAGGUUACAGGAAUGGAUCUGUGUCGUCUUGUGUAUAAGUUUGGUGGCUGUCAACUUCCUGUUCUUGAUGCGGCAUUUUUCCACUGAUAACUUUUCCAAAUUAAUAAUCGCCAUGUUUGCUGGGAUUGUUACUGCAGACUUUGCUUCUGGCCUUAUACACUGGGGAGCUGACACCUGGGGUUCUGUGGAUAUUCCUGUCAUUGGGAAGGCAUUUAUCAGGCCGUUCCGGGAGCAUCACAUCGAUCCGACUGCAAUAACCAGGCACGACUUCAUCGAGACAAACGGAGAUAACUGUAUGUUUGCUGUGUUCCCGCUUGCGCACAUGGCCUGCAGGUUCAUUGCCGACAGCCCAGAUGUUGUCCGUGAGGCCUAUCCCUGGCACUGUUACCUGUUCUGUCUGAGCGUGUUCGUCACCAUGACCAAUCAGAUUCACAAAUGGUCGCACUCCUACUUUGGCCUACCUCGCGGUGUCGGUACGCUCCAGGAUCUGCACGUGAUCCUGCCCAGAAAACAUCACCGCGUCCACCACAUCGCCCCACACGAGACCUACUUCUGCAUCACCACAGGGUGGCUGAAUUAUCCCCUGGAACAGAUCGGGUUCUGGCGUCACCUGGAGCAUCUGAUAACGAGCGUCACUGGACAGAAGCCAAGGACUGACGAUAUGAAGUGGGCUCGCAAGGUGGAAUAAGAGGCGAGGCUGCCCGUGGGGUAGUCGGACUCACAAUUCUCAGCCAUGCCCAACAAAGCAAAGAAGCAAAUCAUUAAUUAUCCUUAUCCUUGAUCAGCACUUAAAAAAAUUAGCAUUGUUGCACGAUUUGAUA